AUGGACAGCUAUUUGAGUCCGACGGAUUUACAGGCUCUCCAAAAUUUAAUUUGUCCAUCAAAGGACUCCGACAGCGAGGACGAUCUACCGCAGGCGGGUGCGAGGAAAUUGGGACCUGGUGACAUUGGCGCGUCGAGUGACCUUUCUCAGGAUUCUUCCCAGAAUCGUUCGGGACCUCAUGCACCUCUACAAAGCAAGAGUGACGAUAUUUGGCAUCCCUCAGAGGCAGUCGACACUCAGAGCUUGCAGGAUUACGACCCUAGAGAGUCGCCCGAAUACGAGAUGAAGUUUAAACAGGCAGUGACAGCUGAAGAUGUUUAUUUAGGAAUGGGCUUUAAAACGCCGAGCACGGCGUCCUGUGAGUGGCUGUCAGUGCUGGUGAAAUUGCCCCAGGAAACGCGGGAAAAAGUGGAGCUCUCCGUGGAAUCCGAGGCGAUCGACGUGCGCAGUCCAAGAUACCGGCUGCACCUACCGACACCACAUUCGGUGGAUCCCAACGCAUCCUCCGCCAAGUGGCACAGUGACACCUCCACCCUGGAGAUCACUCUGAAACUCACACGUGAGCUGGAUAACGUAAACUUUUGACUUCGAAUCGAUGCGUUAUCAUUCUGGAUCGCCUACCGAAGCAACUCGUGGUGUUUCAGCGUGCAACUAUCAAAGCGGGAUAG